CUUGAUUUCUCAUCUCAAUCUCAUCCCCUGACAGCGACGUUCACCAUUCUGUAUUUUAUAAAUAGUAUAUUCGGCGUUGUCGUACCGUAGCUCUGAGCAGCUCACGUCCGGCGCUUAUUAUCACUUCCUAUCGAGGGAAACCGAGGACAGCGAUGCAGAGAUGUUCAGGAGGAAGAGUGGUGUGUUGCAUGGGAGCGAGGAAGGAAGUUUCAAGACUCAAUACAUGCUGCAACAAAAAUGGUCGGUCGGAAACACUUCAUCCUGUUUACGUCUUUUGUCCACCGCAGAGAAAAUGAAGGCAAACUCACGGAAACCUUGUCAGCUAUCCGCUUGUAUCGCUGAUGAUUGGUGUCACCCUUACGCUCCGAAUACCGUACCGCCCCUGACAUAUUACAAUUAGAUGCGGUUCUUGAGGGAUUCGGGAGGAAAGUGAAGCUGGUACUGGUGAUUGCAUCUGGCUAGGGAAUUAAUCAAUUAAUCUCUGAAUAUGUUCUGGCAAGGUGUCUACUGGUAGUGUAUAGUCUACCGGGUCGGAGGUCCGAGUGGUGCGAAUAAUCAGAGUCAUUUACAGUACCAAACACCGGGUUGCCUGAUGGCCACCUUCGCUAAGACCACCUUCGACGCCUCGGUUUAUGCUGCGUCGCGUCCUACUUAUCCCAAGGCUUUAUUUGAGCUCAUUUUCAAUUACCAUCAGAAUGUUACAUCUCUACCAACCAAGUCUCUUCCCCAGAUCGCGCCGCAAGGGAGAGCGAGGUUUGAUACCGCCGUCGAUCUAGGAUGUGGUACUGGUCAAGCGACAGUGGCUCUCACUCCGUUCAGGAAAGUUAUCGGAGUAGAGCCAAGCGCAGGGAUGAUAGCAAACGCAAAGAAUCGAUUGCAAGAACGGCACGGUGUGAACGAAACUAGUUCUGUCUUUUCUCAAUUCGAUUUCGUUCAGUCGUCAGCAGAAGAGCUGGGCUUUUUGGACGAUGAAAGCGUUGAUCUGGUCAUCGCAGCGCAAGCUGCUCACUGGUUCAAUUGGAACGCGUUAUGGCCAGAGCUUUCCCGAGUCCUUAAACCGUAUGGAACAGUCGCUUUCUGGGUUUACUCUGAAUUUCGACUUGCCCAAUACCCCAGUCUCACACCUCUCAUCAACGAGUAUGCGCAAGGUGCUGACCCUGAUAACUCCUUGGGUCCACAUUGGCAACGACCUGGAAGGACAAUAUUAGAAAACCAUUUGGUUGAUGUUCCUGACCCAAAGGAUGUCCCGGGCACAGAGACAUCCUUUGCACCUCUUGACCGCGUUUAUUUCACAGGUCCUUACUACCCCGACCUACCCCCUGCCGAUACCCUGCCUGUCAUCCUUCGUACCAGGACGACAUGGAAUGGGCUGUUGGGCUACUUUCGGACUUUUAGUUCCCUUCAUACAUUUUUGGAACGUCAUCCUGAAGACUCAAAGCACAAGGACGGCGAUAUUGCUGAACGAUUCUGGAAGAGUUUGAUGAAAUGCGCUGCUGAGAAAGACGGGAAGCCUGAGGUGAAGGGGGAAGACGAGGUGACUGUUGAAUGGCCUGUUGCGCUGGUGCUAGCGAAGAAGCUUCCUGGCGACAAUUGA